AUGAAGUCUUGGUUCGUCGUCCUCGCCCUUGCUGCGGCCGCGGCCCAUGCCUCCCCCGUCGCGCUGGAGGUCAUCGAGCGGUCCGAGCCGUGCAUCGUCAACGGCAACCCGGGCAUCUGCACGGCGUACACCUAUCCCGCCUGCAACGCGCCUGGCACCAAGCUCACCCGGGAGGAGUGCGUCGAACUGUGCGCCAAUAGAACUGCCCGGAUCGUCUGCUCUGUGAGUGUCCCGUGA